AUGGCUCCGGCACAGGAUACCAUGUUUCGCUCUGCGAACAUGAGUAUGGUGCAGCUGUACAUUUCCAAUGAAAUCGGUCGCGAGGUUGUUACAGCCCUUGGAGAGCUUGGUCUCCUCCAAUUCCGAGACCUCAACGGCGAAGUCAGUGCUUUCCAGCGCACUUUCACUCAGGAGAUCCGAAGACUUGACAAUGUCGAACGCCAGUUGCGCUACUUUUACACUCAGAUGGAGAAGGCAGGCAUUCCCCUCAGAAAGUUCGAUGUCGACGCUGAGCGACUUGCCAACCCGUCGACCUCCGAGAUUGACGAGCUCGCCGAGCGAAGCCAGAGUCUCGAGCAACGCGUCUUCCAGCUUAACGACAGCUACGAGACGUUGAAGAAGCGCGAGGUCGAACUCACUGAGUGGCGCUGGGUUCUCCGCGAAGCCGGUGGUUUCUUUGACAGGGCUCACGGCAAUGUCGAGGAGAUCCGCGCGUCUAGCGAUAACGAUGACGCUCCCCUCCUCCAGGAUGUUGAGCAACACAACUCCGCCCCCGAGGUUGAGCGGUCUUUCUCUGGAAUGAACAUUGGUUUUGUCGCUGGUGUUAUCAACAGAGACCGUGUUGCCUCGUUUGAGCGCAUUCUCUGGAGAACUCUGCGUGGAAACCUGUACAUGAACCAGUCCGAGAUUCCCGAGCCGCUCAUCGACCCUACCAACAACGAGGAGAUCCACAAGAAUGUCUUUGUCAUCUUCGCUCAUGGCAAAGAGAUUCUGACCAAGAUCCGCAAGAUUUCCGAAUCCAUGGGUGCCGAGGUGUACAACGUCGACGAGAACAGCGACCUUCGUCGCGACCAGAUCCACGAGGUCAACGCUCGCCUCAACGACGUCCAGAACGUCCUUCGCAACACCCAGCAGACCCUGAACGCUGAGCUUAUUCAGAUAUCUCAGGCUCUAUCUGCAUGGAUGGUUCUUAUUACGAAGGAGAAGGCGGUUUACAACACCCUUAACCUCUUUUCCUACGACCGUGCUCGCCGCACACUCAUUGCGGAGGGUUGGUGUCCAACCAACGACCUACCGUUAAUUCGGUCCACAUUGCAGGAUGUGACAAACCGAGCUGGACUUUCGGUGCCUUCCAUCAUCAAUGAGAUACGCACCAACAAGACCCCGCCGACGUAUAUCAAGACCAACAAGUUCACCGAGGCUUUCCAGACCAUUGUUAACGCCUACGGUACUCCCACUUAUCAGGAGGUCAACCCUGCCCUCCCGGUCAUUGUCACCUUCCCUUUCCUCUUCGCCGUAAUGUUCGGUGACUUUGGACACGCCGUAAUUAUGGUGUCCGCGGCGUUGGCUAUGAUCUACUGGGAAAAGCCUCUCAAAAAGGUCACUUUCGAGUUGUUCGCUAUGCUCUACUAUGGAAGAUACAUUGCCCUAGUUAUGGGUCUCUUCUCGCUCUUCACCGGUCUUAUCUACAACGAUGUCUUCUCCAAGUCGUUGACUCUGUUCGACAGUGCCUGGAAGUGGGAUGUUCCCGAUGAUUACAAGACCGGACAGACCCUCACUGCUAAACUCAAUGAUCACGGCUACCGAUAUCCCUUCGGUCUGGAUUGGAGAUGGCAUGACACGGACAACGAUCUCCUCUUCAGCAACAGUUACAAGAUGAAGAUGAGUAUCGUUCUGGGUUGGGCCCAUAUGACCUACUCUCUAAUUUUCGCCUACGUCAACGCCAAGCACUUCAAGAGACCCAUCGAUAUCUGGGGUAACUUUGUUCCUGGAAUGAUCUUUUUCCAGUCCAUUUUCGGCUACUUGGUUAUCUGCAUCAUCUACAAGUGGUCUGUCAACUGGAACGACCCGCAAAACCCGCGCAACCCGCCUGGAUUGCUGAAUAUGUUGAUUUACAUGUUUCUGCAGCCCGGUACUCUUGAGGAAGGAGCGCAACUGUAUCCUGGACAGGCCGGUGUCCAGGUCUUCCUUUUGCUUCUUGCUGUUAUCCAAGUUCCCGUCUUGUUGUUCCUGAAGCCGUUCUACCUCCGCUGGGAGCACAACCAUGCUCGCGCCAAGGGUUAUAGGGGCAUUGGCGAGAGCUCUCGCGUUAGUGCACUCGAUGGUGACGACGAGGACGAACAGGGACUGAACGGCCGCCCCAGCUUCGAGUCUGAUGGCGAGGGCGUCGCUAUGAUCACGCAAGACCUACACAGUGAUGAGGAGCAUGAGGAGUUCGAGUUCAGCGAAGUCAUGAUUCAUCAAAUCAUCCACACCAUUGAAUUCUGCUUGAACUGCGUUUCCCACACGGCUUCGUAUCUGCGUCUUUGGGCCUUGUCGCUCGCUCAUCAGCAGCUCAGUGCUGUGCUUUGGUCCAUGACUCUCGGCCCUGCGCUCAAGUUCGAAGGCAUCGUUGGCGCUAUUGCGAUUGUUGUCGUCUUCUACAUGUGGUUCUUCCUUACCAUUGCCAUUUUGGUCAUGAUGGAGGGUACCAGUGCCAUGUUGCACUCUCUCAGAUUGGCUUGGGUCGAAUCCUUCUCCAAGUUUGCUGAGUUUGCCGGUUGGGCAUUCACACCCUUUUCCUUCAGCACUACGUUGGAAGAGUCCGAUGAGCUGAAGGAGUAUCUGGGUUGA